GUUGCAUUGGAAUCCUAUUGAACGUAUGAGAGCUACGAAACGUUCUUAGCUAGUAGAUCACCCUAUUGUUCCAGAGCUUUGGGAAGGCUGAGGCAACGAGCAAGACUAAGGCACUGCGACAUCAAGAAUUAUUUUAUGCAUCCUGAGAUGAAACUGCUUUUCUAGGGCAUGGUUGCGAGAAAGAGGCAAAGCUUUCAGCUUGAAUGCCCUCAAAUCAUGGGAAGAUGAAUGACUACAAUUUUGCGGAAUGAUCACAUUGACCACAGUGCUGCAGGCAAAGUCUGUCCAAUUCAUCGCCGCUUGGUUGACUUCCUCCUGCAAGAUAAAGCCUAGCCAGCCAUCCAGCUCAUUCUUCGGCCCCCGCAUCCGACUCCCAAGUUCCCAAUUUCUCAUCGAAGACACUCACAUUCGCCUCUCUCUGCUCCGUACUGCUAGGACUCUCCUUAACCUUCUCUCCCUCACUCAUCUUCUCUUUGGCCAAAGCCGCUUCCUAUCCACCCGCAUUCAAUCCCUCCCAAUAUUCGCGCCAAUCUUUCUAAUCUCGUUCAGAAAGACCAUCAUCCACCGUCUGGCUUUCAUUGCUUUCCUUUUCCUCGCGAAGAACUUGGAGAUUAGAGACUUGAGUUCAGCGUCGCGGCCACGACGAUUUUUGCCGGAGGGGGUUUCUUGGGAUGGCGUCGAUACCGAGAGCUUGUAAGUGCUGGAUGUGGUCAGUAUGCAUCAGAAAAGAAGAAGUGGUAGGAUUAUGGGCACUUGAGUAAUAUCGACCCGGAUACUAUCAUGGACAUGACUUGACAUAGCUACCAACUAGUCCCGACUUUCCUUUUGUCCUUG